CAUGCGUAGAGCGGCGCCCGCCCUCCCGCAGGUCCGGGCCCCGCGCCAUGGGCCACGGGGCCUGUUCCUUCCUGGAAACUCAGCAGAGAAUUUGCAUUCAUAGGUUGCUGGAUCUGUUCCAUCUUCAUGGAUGAUACCCAAUAUGUUCACUGCAAAUCCAGCUCUGGGACUCUGUGAACUGAGAGGUGCCCGAUGCCUGUAAUCCCCAUCCCCCGCCGGGUCCGUUCUUUCCACGGCCCCCACACGACAUGCCUGCAUUCGGCCUGUGGCCCGGUAAGGACCACUCACUUGGUGCGCACCAAGUACAACAACUUCGACAUCUAUCUGAAGUCCCGAUGGAUGUAUGGAUUCAUUCGGUUCCUGCUGUAUUUCAGCUGCAGCCUGUUUACCUCCAUCCUCUGGGUGGCACUCUCUAUCUUGUUUUGCCUUCAGUACCUUGGCAUCCGGAUCUUUCUGCGUUUCCAGUACAAACUUUCCAUCAUCCUCCUCUUGUUGGGGCGAAGGCGGGUGGACUUCAGCCUCAUGAAUGAACUGCUCAUCUAUGGAAUUCAUGUGACCAUGCUGCUAGUGGGGGGGUUGGGCUGGUGUUUCAUGGUGUUUGUGGAUAUGUAAAUAAAAUGAGCGCAUGUGGGCCGAGAAGGUGA